UGAAGGAAUUAGUCUUUGAAGAAAAAUGAAAAUGCAGAGGACAGCUUUCACCAUGAGGAGCUUCAAGCUAGCAGCGGCUGCCAGGAAGAAAUGCAUAACAUCCCGUAGAGGCAAUCCGAAUAAGAAAAAAAUAUCGAGAAGUAUAAAAUCACGUAUCAAAAGGUUGAGAGUGGAGAUGAAAGAGAUAGAUGAAGAGCAAAGAAAGAUAAAAGAGGGGCAAAGGCAAGUAAAAGAGAAAUCGGAAGCCAUUGAAAUAGAAUGUGAGGAACUUCGGAAGGAGGCUCUCCUCAUGACACAACAAAGUGCAAGCACCCAAAUGCGCCUUGCUUUGAUGUUCCAGAUACUGAAAGCAAGGGAAAACCUAGAGUUCGACAAGGCAGCCAUAGUCACUCGUGCUCUUCGGUACGAUCCUCUUCAAGGUUCAUUUUAAACAUCGUAUUUUGUU